UUACUCUUGCAAUUGCCUGUUCGCAGCAGAGUCGCCUCGAGUUGGUCUUGCACUUUUUUCUGGAACCCUCAACAAUUCGCUCUCCUACCGGUAUUGUCUUGAAGUUAUACUACUAGCUAGCCAGCCAUCAUUCCAAUAAUUCACUGCACUACAAGAGCCCAACUUUCACGAUGCCUUCGGUUCGUCCUAAACUGGUCCAAGAAGGAGCUCCCAUUGAGGGGAGUGUCGAAAGUGGAGCCGAUGCUGCCAUGGGCACAGAAACAGCAACGACAGCAACGACUGAGGUGAAUGGUGGAAAGGACAAUUUGUUUGUAAUUGGAGCUCCCGCCCCUGCCAAAAAGACAAUCAACAACGCCACCAGUCUUCAAGCGAGUUCCUCGUCUCUGAUGAAUGCGAGCAAUCGAUCGUUGAAUGCCAGUCUCAGUGAAAUGAACUUCAACAACAACAACAACACAGCAACAACUACAGCCAGCAGCAACAACAAUCGCCGACGUGCCACCACGACCGGCAAAAAGUCGUCUCUGGCACGAGCCGCCAAGGGAACUCUGAUUAACGAAACCAAAACGGUCAAAAAAUCCGUCGUACAAACCUCCUUUGUCGUAGGAGGAGGCGGAGGUGGCCUCAUCAGCGACGAGAAAAAAUCGGCCGAUGUCAUGAUGGAUGAGUCGUCCAGUCGCGGUCGCAAGUCGCGCGGCACAUCCAUUGCCACCAGUUAUGAAAUCCCGACUAAUACUAAUACUACUAACAAUACCGCCAUGAUGGAAGUCGAUCCCAAACCAGUCAUUGCCACCAAAUUUGUCGUGGCGCCCACAAGCAGCGCCCAAGCUCCGUCCUAUAUUGAAGCUGUCACAGAUCCCAAGGAACCAUUGGCCGUCGACUCUCAAGACGCCACUAAAGAACCAGCCAUCAUUCCCGCCGAUCCCACCCACGACAAUACCAAAACCACACAAGAGGUCGAAAAAAUGUACGGCGUCAUUGAUUUGAGCGAAAAGGCUCCCAUGGUGGUGUUGGACGGCGCCAAUAUUGCCUAUGCCUACGACAAGGCUGGAUCCGGUGGAGUCGACAAACCAGAACCCGAUGCUCGAGGCAUUGUCGUCGCAUGCGAGUACUUUAUCAAAGCCGGCAUUCGCGUAUUGGCCGUCAUUCCCAGUACGUGGAUGCAUAGAGAUCCCUAUCAACGCAUCUUGAAACGACUGGAUCAACAAGGCAUUUUAGUUUCGGCGCCAUCCAAAGAUGACGAUGAUGCAUAUGCCAUUACCAUUGCACGACGAGAAGAUUCCAAAUCCAAAGAACGAGAAAAUAUCGGACCUGGAUACGUACUCUCCAAUGACAUGUUUCGGGAUGCCAUGCUACGAGGAAAAGCACAAGGAGGUGGCGCCGAUUUGGUAUCCUGGCUCAUGCAAGGGUCCACCCGAGAAGACGGAGCCACAGGACCUGGACGAAUUUCCUAUACGUUUUGUGAUACAGGUGCCAUGGAUGAUCAUGGAGACAAAUUACUGGAUCUGGUGCCCAAUCCACGUCAUCAGUUGAUUAUCAAGGCGGAACGAGGUCAUUUCCACAAAAUGUUGUGAGAAACAAGUUGAACACAACACAAAGCAAGUGGCAGCAGCUGAGACGAGCACGUUGAGUUAAGUUUGGAAGAGAAAGAAAGGCAGGGUUGACUUUCAAGACUUGAAGUUUUGAAAGGAUGGCCUCGCUUUAAAAAAUGAUAAUUGGAAGUGCAAUCCAAACACCAAUGGCGACAAUCAGCAACCGAAACAAACGACAGCAACAAUCAAUCAACAGGCCAAUGUUGACAACACACAACAAGAAAAACAAACAAAAAAUAGGUUUGAAAGUGGACAUGUAUUUGAAAAAUGGGCUAUUAAUACAACAAAGAAAGCAGAAGAAAAAAAUGCCCCCAGAACAAUAAACAAAAAGCCGUCAAGCAACUUGAUGGUCCAGAAAAAUACGGUACUUUAGAAAAAUAUACUAUAACGAAUGACAAACGUUAUAUAGCUAGCCACAAAAGAAGUACCAAAGACAAAAUAA